AUGAAUUUUCUGCAGAAUGUUCCCAACUGCUGUUGCAGACGAAGAAUUAUCGUUGGUCGAUUACUGCCUGUCCUUCUGCAGAUUAUCCUGGUCGUUAUCAUCUGGAAAAUCAUUAAGUCUCAUAGUUCCCCGAGAAACGACAUCACCGAUGUAUCUAAACGUGAUGUCCCGGGCGCAGCAUCGCAAGACCAGUCUCGUUGUCUCUUCGCUGAGUUUUCCCAAGCGCAGCUGAUGCAUGUAUUAAAUGUCACUUCACUGCUAUCGACAUCAAAGUUCCCACAGCAGGACAGUGAAGAGAAUCAGACCCCUCAUUUACUUGUAGAUGUGUACGUUCGUGACCGACAAAAAGGGACGGUGACAUUUUUUCCAGUAGGAACACAGGUUAACAUCCAAAGGGACAAAAACGCGAAGGAAGAUAAGAAAAAUGAGGCGGACAAUUCUGAUUACCGUAGAAAUUAUCCUGAUUAUGAUACAGGCGUAGGCAACAUCGUUCCGAGUGUAAAGGAUAAAACAUCAAAUUCUGUGAAGCAAAGCCCCACUCAGCUUCUUUUAAACAAGGGAGGUUUGCCACAAGUGGUGAAAGAUGCUGUUGGUCAGUCAGGGUUUCAAUUCGGUCUUGGAAAUAUGCAAAAUCAAUACAGUAAUUCCGCUGACCAGCAAGGGAAUGCCAACUCUGCUUUCGGUCAAAACCAGAUGUCGAGAAUAGGAUUUGGAGGACAACUGGAGCAAGAAUCUGGUCAAGGUGGAGUUAGAAAUGCUGAUAUAAUUAAAUAUCAAAACAGCAUAGGAGAAGUAAAUCAGUUUCCUGGGCAGCAACCGUAUCAGAAGAUUGGCCAGUUGGUAAACAGAAAAAAUUUCAAUGAACAAGUCGUUGCUAAUGAUGAGCAAAGAAAUCAGGGUUUCGAGUUUGGUGCACAAGGACAAAACAGCCUCGACAGAAAUCUGGUACACACUGGUGGCAAUGAAUUACAUUAUCAAAAUAUAAACAAACCUUUGAAUAGUCAACUACAGAGAAACCCAGAUUAUCAUAGUCAACAAAAUAAUGAAUUGCAGUCUGAUGUCCAACAGUGGGGAGUUGCGGGAUCAAAUAUUCAACAAAAUGUACCAUCCCAUGUUCAACAAUGGGAAGCACCAGGCUCAGCUGGGUUCCAGAGACAAAAACCAAAUGCUGAAGUCGCUGUCAGCGGAGAUUCGGAACCUUUGCUGAAGGAGGGAUAUUUAGACCGAGCUAAAAAGUUCAUCAGUGAACUUCGAGGAAAACUUGCAGACACAGGUAUUCCCGAAACCGGCAAGCAAACAAUCCUGCUUCAGGUAAACAGUCCCCAGGUGUGCCAAGGUGAAAUUGAUCUUGUAUAUCUAGUGAACAGCAAGCCUCAAAGUUCUGAUUUGAGACAGCGUAUUCGCGACACUUUCGCCAAGACAUCAUACUUCCAGCCCUCGGUUGUCGCCCAUGUCUUCCUUCUGGGCAAAACAUCCUCGCCAAACUUCCAGCAAAGAUUGAAUCAAGAACAACAACAAUAUGGAGACAUAGUACAAGGCGAUUUCGCGGAUGUUCCGGAAAACGCCACAUACAAGGGUCUUAUGGGUAUGCAAUGGGUGACUCAGUUUUGUCCCCAUGCAAAGUUCAUAAUGAUCAUAAAUGAAGAUGUUUUUGUAGACACCGAUAAAUUAAUUCAUGGUUUCAUCCCAGCGACAAAGAAAGUUGCUAGUGAGAGAGUCAUGUAUUGUUUCUUCAACCCAGAAAGUCCAAUACCUCGUUCGGGUCCAAAUGCGGUAAGCGAACAGUUCUUUCCAGGUAGGACGAAUCUGAGACCUUACUGCAAAGGCUUUGCCAUUCUCACAACUACCAAUGUGGUAUCCAGCCUACUUGCAGCAUCCGAACACGUACCACUGGUCCCCUUGGAUGAGCUCUACCUGUAUGGCAUUCUCCCAUUUAUCGCAGGUGAGAUUGACGUCUUCGAUGUUGGAAACAAAAGGGCCUUUAAUAAUUUCGGCAUGGAAACAGUAGUUUGCUACCAGCAGUUACAGGAUAAGUGCCCCUUUGUGGCAUCUGUGGCAUUUAGUGAGCGCUUUACAACUCUGUGGCAGAUUGCCAAAAAUAGAAUGGAGAAAAUGCAGCAGACGCAUCAAGGGCCAACAGAACGACAGUCGUUGUGGAAUAUACCCAGUUACAUCAGAAAGUUCUAG